GGUAUGCGCCAUUUUUUGUUUGAAAACAGUUCCUGUAGAUGAGACUAGUUUACUUAAACAUGAUAUAAAAAAAAGUGGAUAAAAUAGGAAAAUGUUUCUAGACUAUCAGAAAUAUUUUGCGUUGCAAUUUUAUUUUAAUCUAAAUGUAUAAAGUAUUAAUUUACAAUGGUUAUAAAAAGAAAAGAUUUUCAGAAAGCUGCAGCCUUCAUUCAUGAAUUUCUUCUUAAGCUCAGUGAAGAUGUUGAAUGUGCAGAUGUUAGAGAUACUCUUAAUCUUGCUCUUCUCCACAUGCAGAAGUAUUACAGGUUGAUACAGAGCAGAUCACAAGAAAAAUGUGCAGCAACACUGUCUUUAACUGCUCGAGGUUUGAGCCCCAUGACACCUUUUGUGGAUGCCCCCGACAAAUUUAUUUGGAGAUGGCUCAAUUUGGACAGUGCCAAGAUUCCUUCUACCAUGAGCCUGGGUGACAGUGUCAACUUUGUUGUGCUCCCCCCUUUCAUCAUAGCAGUCAAGGCUGGUGACCUGGACAUCAUUGCAGACCUCAUUCACCAAGAUCCAAGUAAUGCUGAUGUUGUGGAUGGAUUAGGAAGGACUGGAGUGAUGUAUGCUGUUCACUUCCAACAACAUCAAGUAUUACAGUAUCUUUUAGAGCAAAAAUCAGAUGUGAACUACCAGGCUCAUGAUGGGUCAACAGCUUUACACAGAGCAUGUCAUGAUGGCAAUCACAUUGCACUGAAGAUUCUUGUUGACUUUGGAGGAGAUUUUACCAUAUGUGAUGUUCAUGGUAGAGCCCCCAUUCACUGGGCUGUUACUACUAGAGGUACAGAAUGUUUGCAGAUUUUACUCGCACACAAAGCCCAUUGUGGGGUGAGAGAUAAAGAUGGACUGACUCCUAGUAUGUGGGCCUGCCGCAUGGACAACAUUAAACAUUUUGAACUGCUGUGCAGUGCUGACACUAACCCAGUGGAAGAGCCAGACGGCAUUGAGAGGGAUUCCUGUGGCAGAACAUGGAUGCACUGGUCAGUCCGUAGAACUUUGCCUUUGGAAUGUUUACAGACCCUGCUAACACCUGAUAGUGCUGCUAUCAAAGACGAGGAUGGCAAAACUGUUCUUCUACUGGCAGCAGAAAUGGGCUCUCUCAAUGCUUGCCGUUUGAUAGUGGAGAUUGCAGGAGAGAGAUGUAUUCUUGAUCAAGAUAAUCAAGGUCGCACUGCCCUACAUCUAGCUACCAUGGGUGGGCAUGGCGAUGUUGUCAACUUCUUACUUGAAAAUAAUGCUGAUGUCAAUGUUGUGGACAGCUUCAAUGCCACUGCCUGGGACUAUGCCAGGAUACGCAAAUUGCACUAUUGUCAGCUGAUCAUUAUGUCACACCAGCGUCAAAGAAUGUCCAGCAAUCCCAACAGCCCCAUGCCCAAUGGCCUCAGUCUGUUCAUGAAGGAAGAGAAUGGAGUACAUGAUGACUUUAGCCGAAUGAGUUUUAGAACCAGGUCCAACAUGUCUACACCCCUGACUCCCCCACAUCCACCAAAGAGACCAAGAUCUUCACGUAUGCUAGUGAGAAGGUCCAGUAGUUUGACUAGUGUGGACCGUGAAAGGACAUUAGAACUGGAGAAAGAGAAACAAAGCCAGACUCAGGAAAUGUUUCCCAUCAAUGUUGGGCCUGGGAAAAAGGAAAGGAUUUUGGUGAGUGUCAGCACACCACAGAAACGUUUGUCAACAGGAGAAGUUGUCUCUAAUUUCCGCGAGGAUACAAUCUUGACAGACUCAUCCAGGCCAGUGUUUGAAGAUGAGAAUGAGGAAAUAAGUGAUGGUGGUAUGGAUGUUUCUGACAUUGAGGAUGAAGCUCCACCUGCAAUCUCUUCCCGGGGGACUAUCUCUCACUCUCAGACCUCCUCCGCACCUAAACCACCACAGAGGAUGAGGCCACAGCAGUCAGUAACAAACCCACCAUUUGCACAUAGUAAUAACAAUGCAACGAAAAAUUUCAAUGUAAAUAGUAAUAAUAACGAAGUGCACCAGCGACAUCCGCAAGAACAACAGCUUCACCAACAGCAGUUACAUUCCUUGCAGCAGCAUCACCAAUAUCAAAGAAUGGAAUUUGAAGAUGCUGCCGCAGGACCAUCUCCAAGAGCUUUAGAAGGCCAGCAACAAUCUAGAAUACUUGCAGGAAACCAGCAGGGCCGUCCUCAGGCAAGGGUGCCACCUACUCCCAUGUAUCGCCCUUCCAGAGGGGCACCCAUACCCACUCCUCCCUCCAGUAUUCCGCAGAGGCCUCAUAUGAUCAGGCAGCAGCAGCCUUUACCUCCCUCAAAUGUUAAAGGUCAGGUCCCAGCCUCUCACCAACAGCCCUUAGAGCCCUCAGCUCCAACAGUCAGAGAUCCCAGCCCUCCCCUGUCUAGCCAAAGCUCAGACACCCAGCAACAAGGAGGUCGAAGUCAAGGGGAUAGACCCAACUCAGGUGCUAAUCAGCCUCCAGGAGUCUUGGAAGGUAGGAGAAUUCCUCCGCCUGCACUGACCCCUCUACAGAAUGCUCCAAAGCCUCCAAGCCUGGAUAUGUUUGACCAGACAGAUAAAAAGAAGAAAAAGAAGAAAAAAGACAGAGAUAGGAGGGAUGCCAAGUCUCCUCCCCAGAAACCUGAGAACCCUUUAGAUAUCCCACCACCGAGGGGCUUUGCAGCUCCUCUACACCCCCACAUGCAGAACCAGAGCAUUCCCCUUGGUCGAUUAAGCUCAGCAGUGCCACCACCUAGGAUCUCUAAGGGAAUACCUGCUAUCUCAGAAACUAGAUAUGUUGAUGAGAAUCUAACAGUGGAUACCAAAUCAGUACCAGUCAAUGGUCAAAAUGGACAAACCGGAGACAGAUUAGGUCAAAGCCAGAGAGGAAAUUUGGAAGCUACGACUGAAGAGGAAGCAGCUAUGAGUGAUGAGCUAGAUGGUGAAUCAGCUAUGCAGGCGUCAGUUUCUGAAGAGGAUGGUGGAUUGGUCAUUCCUCCUCCUCCUUCAUUCAGGGGAGGACCAAAAACGAGGCAUCCGGUACUGACUCAGUCUAUUCCACAGCCCACUAUUCUCUCCCCUUUAUCUUAUGGACAGCAAGAGUUCUCGAAUGAUCUUGACUAGUGCUAAGCCUCCGCUACCUAAAACCAGAACCAGUGGUCCUGCAUCAAGUCCAAGAAGUAAUCCUCCCAGACCACCAGGAAGGAGUGCAUCAGGCCACAAGCAUCGUCCAAGAACACCUAGCUAAACAUUCCUGUCAUAAUUAGCAUAUCUUUUUUCAAAACUCUAGUUUAGGUGAAGAAAGAAUAUACCAUCCAAUAGGUUCUGUAAACUAAGAUUCUCAAAUGUUUUUAUUAAAUUUGUUAGCUUCAUGUAUAUGACAUGUAUUUAAAAAUAUUGCUUUCUUCUAAAUGAUGAAAGUAUGUUGUUUUAACACUUUUGACAGCUUUAAAAUUACAUGCCAUGUUAUGUCACCUUAGUUUGCAAGUCAGGGUAAAUCUUCUGUGUCUAUGUGACGGCCAGGGCUGAUUGCCACAACGUCUGUUUUCAGUCAUUAGCUCACAUUCAGUACCUGGCAUAAAAUGUUACAAAUGUUUACAUAAUUCAAAUGAACUCAGUAGAGUAGAUCAUUUAAAGACAUUGGUCUUUGUUUGAAAUGUUAAGGAUUCAAGGGAGGGAAUUUCAUUGAAAAGUUCAUCUGCGAAAAUAGAAAAUAUGAGAAGUGAGUUGCUAUUGACCUUUGACUCCUUGUAAGAUUCUCUUCAAAUGUGCUGUGACAUGCAGAUGAGUUGAAUGUAUGGAUUAAGUGUAAAAUGAAAUUAAUAGUACGUUUAACAUGGUUCAUAACUUAUGUUCUUGUGUAGUCAUUUUUAUGGACUAAAUUUUACAUCUUAUAUUGUAGAUAUUUUUUUUUUUUUUAUAAGUCUUUGUUUUGCCAUCUCAUUUCUUAAAUGAGGAAAGUCUAUUGGUCUGCUAAUUGGAAGUAUUUCCAUAAUAAAAAAAAAAAAAGAAGUCUCACACUCUAUAAAUUUUUUUUUUACAAUCUAAGGGUAACAGUUCCAUGGCAUUACCCUAAGGAACGUUGGUAUAGACAUAUGUUGAUGAAGAGUGUUGUAUUUCAAACAAUGGGAUAGUGUUCUCCAGUUAUGAUGAUACUAGUGUCUUUCAUAGUCAUAGAGGGGAGACAAUCCUUGUAAGAGAUAAGACAGAAAGUGUAUGUUGAUAUGUUUCAUGUUCCUCAGGUGUUUUGGAAGUAGCUUCCAAAUAGUUCAAUGUACUUUGCUCUGCUGUGAUCUUUAAGUCAUUGGAUAGUUGACACAUUUGGUCAAUCAUGUGAUAUUUAAUGAUUGUAUUUUACUGUGAUCAGAGCAAAAUCUUUUAUUUUUUUCUUGUGAUAUUGGUCUUGGUCUAUGUAGUUUUUUUUUCUUCCACCAUUCCAGUUUAAUUCUUCUCUAGUUUUUUAAAGUUUUGAUUCAAUACUUUUUAAAAAAUGUCUCGAACAUUUUGUGUAGCUGAAUUUUUAUCUUUCUUUAUUGUUGUAGGUCAUGUUUAAAAUUUGGUAGACUGAAUUUCUUUGGUAUUUUUUAUCAAGUUUUUCAUCUCUUGUUUUUUUUUUCAAUAUCUCAUGUUGUCCCACAAUAAUAUGUGAAAGUAAAUUAAGAGAAGCAAAGUUAAAUCAGAAAAAAGAAUUCUGUUUCAGUGUCUACUUGAUAAAGUUGAACCUUUUUUUUCCCCACGGAAACAAAAGCUGGGUUUAUUAUUGGUUUGGUUUUGUUCUGAAAGGCAAACUUGUACACUUGAACACGUCCACAUAAAAGUUUAUUCUUUUUCCGUCCAGUCCAUCAUAUUUUAGUGUAUUCAAAAUGUUUAUUAGUUAUUUAUAAUCCAUAGUUUUUGUAUUUUGAAAGUAUAAAAAAUUUUAGUUGAUUCAUCCCAAUAUUUUUUUCUCUAUAAUUCCGUCCAUGUUCUUAUUCAUACACUAAACAAUCAAUGUUACUUCCACAAAUAUUUCACUAUCAUUACAUGUAAUGUUUAAUAAAAUACAUAUGUAGUUUGAUG